UGUAAUAUGGAUCUAUCUACACUUUAAACAUGGAUUCCAAAUUGUUUUCAGGAUUCUUCCUUGCUUUUAUAUGUACGAAUAAAGGGUUUUUUGUUCGAGAUGGAAUACAAAAGGUUACAACUGCUAAGUUUGGAGACAUCAUCGGAUUUACUGAAAGAGUAAAAUUUGGAAACCAGACUCUUCAAGUGAGAAAAUUUCUUGGAAUACCUUAUGCCGAACCACCGACAGGAAAUCUGCGUUUUGAAAAGCCAGUUAUGAAAACACGACUUCACACACCUUUCAAAGCUCUAAAUUACUCAUCAAAAUGCCCUCAACCUCAGCUUGAAUAUGGCACGAUGUCAGAAGAUUGUCUUUAUUUGAACAUAUUUACACCAUCAGACUCAUCCAGCACAAAUGUAGCACCAAAGCCGGUAAUGAUUUGGAUUCAUGGCGGCGCUUUCAUUGAAGGAUACAGCGACAUUUAUGCAGGUGACAUCAUCAGUAGCCUCGCUGACGUCAUUGUUGUAACACUAAAUUACAGACUUGGUGUUCUAGGAUUUUUCAGUACUCAUGACCCUACUGCAAAAGGUAACUGCGGUUUAUGGGACCAACAGUUAGCUAUUCGCUGGGUGAACGAAAACAUUGCGGAUUUUGGGGGAGAUACCACAAAUAUAACCAUAUUUGGAGAAUCAGCGGGUUCAAGUAGUGUUAUAUACCAGAUGCUCUAUCCAGGAAAUAAAGGAUUAUUUAAACGAGCAACAGCAGAAAGUGUUUCUGUUCAUUCUUGCAAACUGUUGCGAUUAGGGCUGGAAUAUGUUUGA